AUGAAGCUGUUGGUGGUGCGCGAUGAAAGCUCCAAGAUCUUGGGACAGCGCUAUCUCAAUUCGCAGAUCUCAUUCUGCCUGGGCCUGUUGCAAUUUGCUAUCUGCAUCUGGGCAAUGGCGCAGCAUAUUUUGUACUGUGAUUUUGUGAAUGGUACCGAACCAGUGCUUCUCGUUGGCGUUGAUGUAAUCAUAUUCGACAUCGGUCUAUUUCAUUCCCUCUGGGGCAUCGAUAGCUGCGUGGCGCAGCAUCUGGAUGGUGGUUAUGGCCGGUGCAUGUGGUGCAUUACUCAUACAACUGCCUUUCUUAUAUGCCUACCUUUCGCAUUUGUAUCGCGACCCAAGCCUUAUUCAUUAUGGCCCCUUCUUAUUCAGGCAAUCAGCGAAGAAGGCUAG